AUGGCCGAUCCAUCUGGCGGUGUUCCUUUUGUGAUGCAAAAUCUGCAAGAAGGGAACCGAUAUAUCAAAAAAGGCAACAUCUUGCUCCCAUGCCCUUCAUUCGAAAAGCCCGAAGACAUCUUAAACCUUCCCCCUGAUGAAGAGGUUAUUAUCGUUCUCGGCAGACAGAUGGGCAGGGUUGUACUUGAGUAUGACUUCUCCAUCGUGAGAAAAUCUGGGCAUGGAGUGCGACCGCCUGAGGCUGAAGCAAUGAGACUUGUAUCUAGGCAUACCUCCGUUCCUUCGCCUGAAGUGAUUUUUACACACUUUUAUGGUGACCGUGGAAGUAUCGACAUGACUCGUAUUCCAGGAAUGCGUCUAGAAAAGAAGUGGGAUACACUGGAUGAGAAGAGCAAAGAGUUCGUCUGUCUGCAAGUCUGGGACAUGAUUUCCAAAAUACGCGCCAUCCCGCGUCCACCAGAGCUCGAGGGUCCUUUCCAAUGCCUCGCCGAUGGGUCUCUAUCAAGGGACGCACUGCUCGCGGAUCUGCAAGAUCCGGGCCGACCCCUGAUGAAUGAUUCAGAUCUGCGAAGUCGCAUAUACGAGCGCUAUCUUCACUUUGGAGGAAGCCGAUACGAACGCGAGUUGCCUGACAUGCUGCCACGCUCUGACUGUAGUGUGUUCACGCACGCCGAUAUUGCACCUCGCAAUAUUAUGGUUGAUGAACAGAACACAGUCACGGGUAUUCUUGACUGGGAAUGGGCGGGAUGGUACCCGGAUUAUUGGGAGUAUGCGCAGAUCAUGAGGCCUGCUUUCGAGGGUGACUUCAAAGAGUGGAUGGACCUGACUGCACCUCAGAGAUGGGAUAUCAGUGGGAUUAAUGCCGCCAGGCGGGUCUUGUUUUAA